AGAAGCUGCUGCUGUGUUCGUAGAAAAUGGCCGACAGAUUUUCUAGGUUCAACGAAGAUCGUGAUUUCCAGGGUGGGAAUCACUUUGACCAGUAUGAAGAGGGACAGUUGGAGCUGGAGCAGGCAUCCCUGGACAAGCCCAUCGAAUCGGUAAGGCUGCAUCCAUCAUCCCACACCAUUGGACCAGCUGUGAGAGUGGAUGAUUGGUCCAGGGAGAAAUAUAAAAAAAAAAGAAACAGUUCUUUUUACUCCAUUCAUUCUCGUCCAUGUAGAUGCAUCCAUUGUUUUCUUGAAGACAUUUUUGCAGCCUAACCCGUAGAAUCACAUCUCGUGUCCAUUAAUACCCCCCUUUUUAAAGUCCCUUCCCAUUUCUCAUGUCCUCUGCCUAUUCCAUUUCCUGUAUGACAGUUAAAAAAUUGUAAUUGUAUAUAUGCUAGAUCUUCCUGUUUUUACGUAGAGCUUACAGAUAAAUGUUAGAUUUUUAUGUAUCAGUCUCCCAUUAGUCAUUGUUUGUCAUCUUUGCACUAUGAGAUGAGAUGACACAGAAAGCAUGGAGUGGAUAAAGCACUGUCAUUAAUGGCUGCUUUCUAAAUACUCUAGCUGUUUGUUCCUUUUAAACUCAUUCAGAAGAGAAUAACAUAUUUUGCAAAGACCAGAUUUUUUAUUCUGGCUGUUGGAUAAAGCUGCUUUGAGUGAGGUUUUGUUAUACUGAGCCUUGUAGCGUUCUUAGAUUUCUAUGAUCUACCUAUUCAACUACUCUUUGAUUCAAAAUAAAAGCACAAUAGACUCAUGUUGCAUAGCAGAUACAGAGAUAAAAACAGCUUGAUCAGGUAGAGUUUACAUUUAUAUACAGUGUCAGAGUUGUUGCUUCAAAUUAUAUUUAUUAGAUAUUGACAGUGCUUAUUCCACUCCAUUUAGCAAACAAGAGAGUGCACAUUAGAUGGUGUGAAUGGCUACAUUUGUGUUUGAGUGAGUGUGUGUGUAUGUAGCUUAGAAUUUAUGUUUGUGUCUAUAGGACAGUUAUCUUAUUGUACACAACUUGGGGUGUUCGACAUUUCUCUCCUGCAGCGAAUUGGCCCCUAUUAGCUAAGCAGCAAUGACCCGGUUUGUAUUUGCACGCUCUGCUUUCUUACUCCUAUCUUUAGGGUCCUUGUAACGCUUCUCUGACUGUCUUUCUCUCUCUCUUUCUGUUUCACUACUGUUACACUCUUACAUCUAUUCUCUCGCUCUCUCUCUCUUUCUCUAUCUUUAUUUCUAUCUCGCUCCCUCCCUACUACACAGUGAUUCGGUGUACAGUACCCUCUGUCAUUCUGUGCUGGCAUGGUGCUUGUGCAACUGGGACUGCAUUUUUCGCUGAAGAGGCACAUAGAUAAUAGCGCAGGCAGCUCUCUCCUUUCUGUCUUUCCCACUCUCUACGUCCCCUCUUCUGUCUCUGAAGCAUUGUGGUGAGCAGGCCCAAACUCCUCUUACCUCUGCAGUGUCGCAGGCCAUCUCCCCUCAACAUUACGGAUGUGCUUUGUGAGCCAAUAAGGUAGCACCUGCAACCAAGUAUAUGUCAAAAUAAUAAUGAUGGAGUUUUUGUUUUUCCGGUCUGAAAUAGAUAUAUUGAACAUUCAUGCUUAUCUAGCAGGCAUGCAAAUUCCUUAAGCUAUGUUAAUAAGCAAGAAUUCAUUAAUCAUUAACAUCUGAUGCAAAACUUUAUUUCAACAAUUAAUAUGACUAUUUUGCAGAUAUUGGUCUCAUGAGUAAAAACAAGUGAAUUUUUAGUAUUAUAAAUAAAAUAACGAGCUAAUAACAAUUAACUAAACAUCAAGCAUAAUAGUUCUUUGCUGCAUCUGGAGGACAGAUUCAAUGAGCUUAAACAUGCAGGGUAGUUUAAAAAAAGGUCACCUCUUUGUUACAUCAAUGGAAAAGCUGUAGGCUAUGUUUCCAUUUUACUGAGUUAACAUUUUGAGGGUUUUUUUUAGGCAGCAGCUGGAGUAAAUUCAGUCAUUGUUGAUAUUCAUGCCCUUCUGGAAAGUGAAGGUACCAUUUACAUAUGUUUUUCUUAUUUCACAGUCUGUAUAAACUGUUUGUAGCCUGAACCAUAUGUUUUCAAAAUCAGAAUCUAGUGAACCAAGAACAUUAAAAGUUUAUAUUCUGGACAAUAUUUAGCUAUAAUGCACUUUGUCACAGAAGCACAAACAUCCUGUCGUGUGUGGGAGGUGACAGGGAGAAAAGAAAGGGAGAGAGGUGGCCUGCUCACCUGGCUUGAGUGGCUCUUUUGCUCCUGCGCUAUUAUUUGUGGAGGGGCGCUGAGGGCUGCGCUGCAGCAUCAAACAGUUCUUUACACAUCCGUGAAAAAAUGGCCACAUUAGCGGGGCCGUCAACCAUCAGUCACUUAGUCACCAAUGCUGAUGUUCCCAAAAAAGCAACUAUACUUUUUUUUCAUCUCAGUGGACACCUGUUGUGACAUAAGGUAUGAUUUUAUAACACAAAUGUACUACCUGCUUAGCCUAAAAUAUUUAUUACAUAUGUACACUUAAAUAAAUACUUGAUCCUGGCAUACAGUAUGUAACCAUGUGUUUGGGUAUGCAGGUCUUUAGGAUUUGUGCCAUUGUCCACAAGUGUUAAAUCUCGGAGCUGUCAGUGAAUGCUUCGGCCCAGCUUCUCGGAGCCCCUCCCCUGCCACUUAUUGUGUGUGAUCUAUAGGCAGCUAGAGGUCUGUGGUACUUUUUUGGGAUCUUUUUUCUAUUUCUGUCUUUCCCCCCUUUUGGUCUUUUGCUCUUUCUCUCUAACAUUGUUUUUGCAUUGCAUGUGUUAACUUGGUAGCAUUCAGUACUUAUUUCCUCUCAAACAUUCUGUCCUAAUCACUACUACAGUUUUCCUCCUAGAAUCAUUCCUCCCACGUCUCCCCCCACCCCUUUUCCAAAUCCUCAAACCACCCCCUCCUUCCUCCUCCCCUUACCUGACCCCGUCCCAGAGCGAUAUGCAGCGGGCAGCCUCAGAGCCACAGAAAACACAUAAACGCUGCGGAUCUAAUACACACAUGUAGAAAGGCCACAUAAGAGUCAUUUCUCAGUAAAAAGUUUGUUUGUUUUUUUUAAAACAUUUUUUUUAACCAACUUAGUCAUCCGUGAUUAUCUCUAAUACAAUCACUGAGGCCCAUUAGGAGUUUGGGUACACAAAGUGAACUGGCUAAGUAUAAACAAAUUAACACUAACUGAAUCUUGAACAUACAAACUGUCAAAUCUGCUUUUGUGUUAUAGUCAGACCUUAUAUGACACAGCUGUUUUGUCCCUGUAAACUGGCUUCUAUCACCCAUUAAGGUGGAACACCAACACUUUCUUUCAUUUUUGACAACAAACGCAGGGUCUCCCAUUUAGCACUAGUCCUUUCUCGGUGAGCAACGGGUGAUGAGUUCAGGCUCAUUGCUGAGGCCCUCAAAGAGUAAAACAAAAACGAUAUCCCGACUUGAACCUUUUUUUUUUGCUGACUUCCUUCAACUUUAUGUCAAACUCAAUGUGACAGCAAAUGUUACGGUCUCUACUUAACCUUGCUAGACUUCCAGUUGAUGAAUUAUGAGGUAAGUGUGUAUGUUAAAUUACUAUACUUGCAACUUAUUAAUUGGACUCUGCUGUUUUUGUGAUUUUUUUUUUUUCUCCUCCCUACAUCACGUAAAGCUAAUCAAAUCUUUAAUCCCUUCAUAAUCACUUUGACACAUCUACACUAACCUCCGUUUACUGUUUAGUGGGAUCUUUCUGUUAGUAUUUUUUACUCUUAACUAAAGCACUAGGACAGUUGUUUUCAUUUAGUCACACCCUUAAGUAGUCAAGACAGGCCAGGAAUUUACAGAGCACCAAACAUGUGGAGCUGGAAGAGUUAACGAAGAGCAACAAACAGCAGAGUUUUUCCACAACCAGCACUUGCCAAAAGACAUUCAACAAGCAUCACGAGAGAGGAUGAUGACUAUCUCCAGCAGCCCACCUUUUUUUGUUUUUUUUUGUUGAUAAAAUCCCUUUAGGGUCUCUCUCAGUUUUCUUUUCAGAAUGUGCAAAAAAUCUCAGAUCUAUUGUGGAGAACAAUAAUUCGAGGACAAUUUCAUUAAGUAUGUGGGUUUUAUUAAAAUAGUUUAAUUUAGUCACUUAUAUGGAUUAGUAGGCCUGUUCCCCGUUACAUCCUCUCGAGUGAUAAAAUGAUAAUUCAACACGGACACGCAAACAUACCCAUAUUGCACGCAUAUAAAUAACUGCAUAUACUCUGAGGCCUCUAGGUGGGGGCCCCUGCAUAUCACUUCCCUUACCCAUAUCUUUUGCCAUGCACUGUGCCAAUGACAGCACAAUGCACACUUUAAAAAAAAUGAAAACACCCCUCCCCCCUUUUCGUAGAUCUCUUUUGUUUGGAUAACAUUUUCUAUUUUUCUUUCUCCUGUAUUAACAGUCAGUUGGUGGAUUUAUUGACAUGCCUACCUUUUUUCUGUUUUGUAUACAGUAUUAUGUUUGUUUAAAAAGCAGAAAGAGAGAUUUGCAUUUUUUAAAGAACUUAGAGAAAGCUAGCAGAAUUGCAGUUGAAAGCGUUUGGCCGGUUUCUUACGUUGUGUCACGUGUGACUGUUUUUUUGACAGCCCAGUAUUUUAAAGCCAGGUUCGUAUGGAAAUGCCUUCACUCCACUUGCACUGCUGUUGGACUCGCCGUCUUUGCUUUCAUCCGUCUGUCUGUCUAUUCUUUUGGUGCACUCAUCUGUUGUUAACACGCAGUCUGCACCUCAUCUCCGCCCUCUAACCUUUGCUGAGCCCAUUUUGAACUAAUCUUUUAUUAGCGUCAGCAGUUGCGACUGGUGCCUCAUCCAACCUGCCCUUCCUGUGUUUAUUUUGUUGUUGUUUUGUUUUGUUUUUAUAUCUGAGAGAAAAUAUGUAGGAAAUAUGAGAUGAAACACAUUUAAUUUAAGGUAGGUAGGCUUAUGUUUGUUAAAUUUCAUUGUCUAGUCCCCAGUGGGACUUCUGACUUCUAACAGGAAUUGUGUAGAGCAUGAGCAAGAGUCAACUGGCUUAGAGUGCAUUUUGUUUUCCCUCUUGCUCCAAGCCUCAGAUAUAAGCUAAUCUCCCCCAAAUCAAUAUAAAUGUUCACGUGUAGUGUUGUUGCACCAUAAUACUGCAGUAAGGGACAGAAGCAUGCCCAGUGUCGGUGGGAGGUGUUUCACUGCAGCAAAUUCUGCAGUGUUUCCCUGUCAGGGGACAUGUUGUCCACCAAGCAGGAGAAAAGACACACAGCCUCAAAUUCUGUGUCUAUCUUCGGACACGUCCAGGAACUGCCGGGCAGGAACACGUUAUACGCACUGAUGGCAUGUUAAUGUAGCCUUAAAUGUCCUACUUGUGAGUUGAUAUGAGCAAGCUGUCUCCAGUUCUCUUCCCACCGUGUGAGAGGCCCAGCAGAGAUUCCUGUCUUAUCUCAUCCCACAGCGGAAGGGAUCUGACAGUCACACAGAGCGAGAACAGCUCACACAUCCAUGAAAUGGAGGAGCAAAUAUCAAACUCUGACGGAAACAGGAAGUAGAGCAGUUUAGCCUCUCUCUUGGGUAUUGCAGGCAAACACCAGCGAGUUGUUUUUGGAUCGAAUUGUUUUAUUCUAGUCACGGUGGCUUUUAACUGCUUUUGCAAUUUAUUGUUUAUUUAUUUCUUUUGGAAAUAAUAAAUAGGGAGGAAAAAAGAAGGCAACAGUUUGCUCUGAAAUACCAACAGUGGUUGAGAAAAAGAUUAAGCCAAAUGUAAGCCAAUUGAGACCUCGUGGGCGGAGAUGCAGUGUGUGCUGUGUGUGUGACUACCACUCCCCUUCACAUGCACUAACCCAUACAAGCCCAGCUCACCUCCACCACCCCUAGACACUCAUCCACACCAUGGCUCAGCCUGCUCUGUUCUGCCCCCCUGUCUUGACCUCCUCUUUUUCAAAGAAAACAAAAAAACCCCAAUUGAGCCCUGUUGAGCCAUCACCUUCUUCUCUGUGCCUGAUCCACCUGACACUAACACAGUUGGAGUUGUGUUAAACCGUCCUCCUCCACCACAUCCCCCUUAGCCCGCCCCACCCCUCUGUAUGUGUACCAUUCACAGUGCGCUACUAACACCGACGACUCUUUUUGUUAAAGCUCUUUAACAAAAAGCUGCAUGCCGUUUUUUUUUCUCAACCUCUUCACCUUCUGUUUGUGAAAGUUGAUGUCAAUCUCUUUGUGAUUUUUUUAAUAAAUAUCCUUUUUUUUUGUUUGGUUUGUAUGUUUUCUUUUUGAUAGAAUGCAGCACUCUGGUGAAUGUUAGACAAGCUUGGAAUAGUCAUAAUCACAAGAGAAAAAAAAUCACUGCUUAUUAAGAAAUCUCAUUGUUUCCUUUUUAUUUGUGCUUGAGGAUGUACUGUAGUGUGUAGUGGUGGGAUGGUCUUGCACUUCACUUAAUGUUUUUUUGUUUUCUUGCUGACCCAUACUAGUGAUAUUUUGGUCUCAGACAUGCACAUUUGGCCCCACAGUGUGUUAGGAAUUCCUGUUGUGCGUGUUCUCACACUUCUCUCUCUCUUUCUCUCUCUCUCUCCCUAUCUCUCUCGAUAGAGCCUCUUUGGUUCACUAUCAUUUGCCUGAUCUUGUCUACGUUGUUUGUUGAACAGUGUUUGCAUAGUUUGGUCAUAGCAAUCAUCAGUAUUAAAAAGAAAAAAAAGCAGAGAAAUUAUACUUUAAAGUAGAUGGCCUCUCUGCAAUUGCACAAUUUUAGUGUAACACUGUGAAAUCUUCUAAUAAAUACAUUUAUGCUAGUUCAUCACUAUCUUGCAUUUUGGUAAAAGCCAUCUAGACUGUAAAGUAUAAUUUCUAGCUAAUUAAUACUAAUGAUAUCUAUGAGAAGGAUCAAAUUAGAGGCAUACUAACGCGUGCAUUAUUUUUCUUUUUUUCCAUUAAUGGUUUAAAAUCAAAAGUGUGAACGUGGUUGGGACCAGAUCAGAGAUGCUGGAGGUGUCUCAAGAACACGCACAACAGCUAUUUCUAGUUUAUCUAAAGGGGCUAUGCACACAAUGUCUCCCCUCUCUUCACCUGCACACCCACAUAUUCCCUCACACGUGCAUAUUCUGUCCACCCCUGGGCCUUGUAAUGGUAAUCCAAGGCCCACUAGUUCCACUUUCUGUCUCUUCCUCUCGCUAUAUAUAUAUAUUUUAAUUUUUUUUUUUUUUUUGUGACAGCUGCAUAUGUUUCAUGGUGCCUCCCCUUGUCAUGGUUACGGAAUCACAGCAAGCUUGGAGUUUCUUGGUCUUCGUUUUUGUUUAAUGCAAGAUUUCCAUACCUGUUCUGUGUCACUUUUUUCUUUGUGUACUAAGAUCUUGCUCUGUAGCGGUUCAUAUAUGUAUGAGUGUGAUACAUAUAUUGCCCUUUCCUCCUUCCUCCUCCUCCUCAACUUCUCAGUUAGUAGAUGUGACUUGAUGUGUUAUCUUAGUCAUCUAAAAAAAAAAAAAUUAUACAAAUAUAGAAAUGCUUAUUCCAAAUUUCUUUCUUUUAACUGCACUCCUACUUUAGGAGGGUAUCCUAUAGUUUACAGACUACACAUAGCCUCAUGUAUUUCAUCAUAGUUGAAAAUCUACCCGUCCUCUCAGUCUCCAACCCUCUCCUCCCUCCCAAACCCCCAAACUGCCCCCUUACCACUCCUUGUGCUGGAAGACACUGAUGUUACACACUAUAGGUGAUGUGGAUGACAAUAAUGAUGAUGGUGAUGGUGGUGGUUGUGCUGAUGAUGAUGAUAGCGAUUUUUGUUUUUUUAGUUAGUUAGUUUGUUUGUUUAUUUGUUUUGUUUGUUUGUUUGUUUGUUUUUUACCCAUGCCCACAGGGAAAAGCUUCUCUUAUUAUUGGAAUAUUUUUGGUUUUUUUCUCCUCUGUUCUCUCUGCUAGGAUAACAUCGGGCACCGGCUGCUUCAGAAACAUGGCUGGAAGUUGGGGCAAGGGCUUGGCAAAACCAUGCAGGGUAAGGUUUGUUGGAUCCCCUCUGUAUGUCAGUAUGUGUGUGUGUGUGGGUGUGUUUUCUUUCUCCCACUCGGCAGUUGACCUCAAUGUAACACCCCUUUUACAGUGUACUGUAGGCUAAUGGCCUCUGUCAGCUUCCUCCUCUUCGCUUCAUAAUCACUAAACCUUUAUUUCAAUCUGCUCAAGAGUAAGUGCUUCGAUUUGAACAAAGUACAAAAAUCCAUUUGAAAUCAAGGUAGAUUUUAGGAAGCCGUGAUUCCAUCACAUCCCUUAGAAUCAUCAUCUCCACGUAUUUUAGAUUUUUUUUCCUCUUUGAGUUUCCGUGGCUGCUGUCGGGUACCUGAUUGGCUGUAACCACGGCUCAGACUUUGAAUGGCUUGCAGAGUAGACAAGUUUUCCCCUCUGCUUGUUUGCCUGUUUCAACCUCCAAACCUGUGAAACUUGUGUAUGUGUGUGUGUGGUCAUUAUGUGGGACUGAGAUAAGUGUGUGUGUGUGUGUAUGUCUGUUACUGACCGGGCCAUAGAGUCAACUUACAGGGAAAACCUCACCACCCCUCUACACCCCCGAAUGUCUAUGUCCCCAUGGUUACACGCUCCCAUCCUCCCCCUCUUUCUUUGCCCCUCCUGCACAGCAUGUUUUGUCCCAGAGGUGCACUCCUGCCUGCCUCAAACUGUCACACUCACCUGGCUUUAAGCAGUGUUGGAGGUAAAUACACUGAAAGUGGUUUCACAUGAUAGAGUGAAAUGUAACACUUGGGUCGGGUGCACAGUUCACAUUUUUAAGUGUACUUUGGUUAAAUUGCUGUUCCAUAAGCAAUGCAGAACCCACUCUAAGCACUGCUCAAAGCCUUGCUGGCUGUUUCCUCAGGUACAUUUUAUGUGUGUCACGUGUUCACCGUUCCGGGGGUUAAGCACAUACCAAAACGAGCUUUCUGGCUGUAGGCUAGUGAGGAAAUGAAAGAAUCUCAGGGAGACUUGCUAACUGGGCUGACAAGCGUCAGCGAGGCAAAAAGCUCAAAGGGGGAAAAUGGUGGUUGUCCCUAGAAGCAUCUAUCAUCUGUCUAAAUAUUUGACCAUAUGUUUAAAAACAUUUUUUUUUAAAGACACUGUACCAGACACUUCAAAAGUAGAUGUUACUUUUGAUUUAUGACUUUCAGCAGCUUUCUUUAAGACAGCAUGCUUUUUUUUUUCUUUACCUGUCAGCGUUGACCUUCAGACUCAGUUUUUAACAUCAUUCCCUCACCCAGUACAGCUCCUCCAAAAAGUAUUUAUGGGGUUUCAAAUUUCUUUCCUGCUCGGCUAAGGUGAAAGUGACAGAACGCUGGGUUAUUAUUACUUACACAGGGAUACAGGACUUUUGGCAUACUUGGUUAGGGGUGGUAGUCUGGUACCCUUGGGGCAUAUCCUGGUUGAGAGAUUUUAAAGAUGAAACCAGACUAGGAACCUGGGGACUGGGACGAGUGUUUGGGAGAGAGUGGUGAGAGGAAAUCCCUGUAAGCACCUAGCCCUGAGUGAAGGGAUGAGGGGGGUGGGGAGGGGCGGGGGUGGGGGGGGUGACACACUGAAGCCCCUCUGGUAAUGAAACCCCCCCCACCCUUCAACCCCACAACCACACUCCCAACCCCACCCUCCCUUCUCUAUGUGCCUCAAUCUUCCUGCUUAACCAAUUGGUGUUUCUUUUUUACAGCGAUUUGAUCCUGCCCAUGUUGUGCUGAUGGUAAACUUAGUGGUAAAUGUUAUUUUAUCCCCCAAUUGAAUUGUUUAUUUUGUUUUUUAAUUUCUCCCAUUUUCAUUUUCCUGUCAUCAGAGCACCAAUGCUACAUAGGCUUUCAAUUCUCCCUGUAUUAGUCCUCAUUCUGCUGCUUGUAUAUUAUCAUGCAUAUGUAUUACUCUUAGAACAUUGUCAUUUUGUUUGUUUUCAGUUUUUUUAAACCUUGUGAUUCACACCCUGUGAUUUUAGAUGCACAUUGUUUUUGUCUGGUCCCUUUCUUUUCCACUGGAAUGGGUAAUGUGGAAGUAUUGUCACUGUGUUUUUUUAAAAGAUUGGUGAUAGGUUUGGGAUGAUUGUAAUUGUUCAUUAAUCUUUUUAAUUCUGGGCCUGGCUUGUGACUCCAUUCAGACAGACCACUGCAGUGCUAAACAGAACAACACUGUUUUGGUGUCACUUCUCUACCGCUUGUCAGGCAAAAGCGCAUGUACACACACACACACACACGUUUAUCAGUCGGUAGUCUUGUGAUCGAGAUAUCACAAAAAUCAGUCCUCUGCCCUUAUUUCCUCUGUGGAUUUUUAGGCCUGUAACAUUAAAGCAAUCAGAGUCACGUUUUCAUUUGAAAGCCCACCCAGCUGACAGACACUGCAGUGGGACUGGGAGUCCAGGCAGUCCAUUAUGUUACAAUGCCCAUGCAUCUAUGAUUUCAGAAUUAAUAUGUCAUUGGGCUGUGAUGACUAAAUUUCUCAAGAAAAUAACAGGAAUGACUCAGAUAUUUACAUAAAUCAUAUUCUUACCCUCCUCUGCACAGGAAGUUAAGAAUGUGUCAGGAAGUAGCUCCGCCUACAGUUUUAAAUUAUUCAAUUCAUAUUUUAAGAAAAGCCAAAAGCCUUCAAAAUGCAUUAGUGUUAAAUACAUUAUACAUGUUGUCUUUAGGCUCUUUUUGGCCUCAAAGUAUUACUUUUGCAAGACAGUGGAAAUGUAUUAACAUUCUGGGUUGUUUUGCCUUCAAGAGAAAACCCCUUAAUUUGGAGUUCUUAAUUUUAAAGUCUCAUAGCAAUGACGCUGGGAUUGUACAUUUCCAAGCCCAGUGCCUGUAGCUAUUCCAUAUGCCCAAUGGUAUACAUGUAAAAUUGAUUCAAUGAAAAAAAACAAAAAACUAACAUGAUUAUGUGUGAGGAAAAAACUGAAACCAAACUGAAUUGAUAAUCACUAUCAGUAAGAUCGAUUAUUGUAUCUGGCUGGCAACAGGAGCAGCAGACUAGUCCAAAUUCUUUUUAUGCCUCUUUUUUUGUUUUUGUUUUUUUGUUUUGAGAUUCCCCUGUCUAUCUGUCUGUCUGUCCUCCCUUCUCCCCCUACCCAUACCCAUGUUUUACCAGGUAAGUAUCCCCAUCCCUUGCACUGUCACCAUGGCGAUAUCUGGCCUGUGACGUCACUCUGCUGUAGUUCAGUGCUUGUGUCCUUUUUAAUUUUACUGUCUUUCUCUCUGCUUUGUUUGGCUGAUUAUGAGUGGAUUAAGCAAUUCUGUGUCAAUCUCCAAAGUAGUUUUGAUUUUUUAUAUAUUUUAUAUCCUUUUUUUUUUUAAUGUUUCAUUCUGUUUUGUUUUUGGUUGUCUUUGGUUUGUUUAUUUUUCUACAGUUAAUUUCCUUCUGAUCUAGCUCUUUUCACAGCUUACGUAACAUAGUUUAAGUAGACGGAAGAAAAUAAUCUUUUAGCUGCAGUCAUGAUGAGGAAAGGGGCCUCGGACAAGGGAGCAGAUUUGGUCCUAAAGGACAGUGAAAAAGGGGCUUGCAAGGGUCAGCCAGCCUGCGGACAGUUCAGAAAACAGAUGAUGCAAUGGGCCUGAGAUAAUAUUGGGAGGCUUUGUUCUCCUCAUGGAGAGUGUCGCAGUAUCGCUCAGUGAGCAGUGGCAGCAGCUGCGCAGGCCUGUUGCAACUCCCUACACACACACACACACACACACACACACACACACACACACACACACACACACACACACACACACACACACACACACACACUACACUACACGCAGUCCCUCAAGCUGUAGUCCUUGAUAAACUUGGCAUUCUGGUUUAACAGGACUGCAGCAAAGAAUGGGUAGAGGAGGGGUGGUUGGUUUUGACAGUACAGCUACAUUAAAAUGUGUUAUAUUUGGAAUCAGUUUUUAUUCUAGUGAACUUUUUCCAGUAAGACACAUUAAUGACCCUGAUGCCCUUGACUUCAUUUAAUCAACCAGGAUAUGAUAGGUGCAACCAAUUCGAUUUCUUCAAAAUUCAUAUCAGCAGCCUGGUCAAAAUGUGACAGGAAGGCUAGAUAAAUCUAAACUUGGUGGCUGCAGUAAGCUGUGAGAAUGGCUGGUGUUUGGUUCACUGUAGCUUUCUGGUCUCUUUGCACUUAAAGGCAAAUUUCUCUAACCCCAGCACCCUAUGCUCUAAAAGCAGGCUGUCUCCGAGCUGGCCCUCCCUCCCAGUUUCAAAUACUCACCUUGUCAUCUCUCUGUCUCUUUUCCCUCAGGACGCACCGACCCUGUGCCCAUCAUCCUCAAAUAUGAUGUCAUGGGAAUGGGACGAAUGGAGAUGGAGCUUGACUAUGCAGAAGAUGCCACAGAGAAGAGAAGAGUGCUUGAAGUGGAGAAGGAGGAUACAGAAGAACUGCGGCAAAAAUACAAGGACCAGGUGGAAAAGGAGAAAGCCAUCGCAAAGGCACUGGAAGACCUGAGAGCCAAUUUCUACUGUGAGCUAUGUGACAAACAGUACACCAAACACCAGGAGUUUGACAACCACAUAAACUCUUACGACCACGCUCACAAGCAGAGGCUUAAGGAGCUCAAGCAGAGAGAGUUUGCUCGCAAUGUGUCAUCCCGUUCCCGGAAAGGUGGAAAGAAACAUGAAAAGAUGCUGCGCAGAUUGCAUGAGUUGGCUGAGCAGAGAAAACAGCAGGACUGUACCCCAGGAAGUGGGCCCAUGUUCAAACCUACCACAGUGGCUGUGGAUGGAGAGAAGACAGAAGACAGCGAUAGCAUGACGCCUGAGAACCCUGCUUUGACAGACGUUGCCCUGGAAGCAUCACUGGCAGAAAAAACUGAGCAAGCCUCCCCAAAGCCUGGCCCAACUAUUAGCUUCUCUCUGGGGAAAAAUAACUCCUCCUCCUCCCCAACCUCUAGUGGCGCAUCCAAAGUCAGUGUGUCCUUCUCUUUUGCCAAAAAAGCACCUGUAAAGCUGGAGACAGCAGCUGCAGUGUUUGCUGAUCAUGGCGAGGAAGCUAUGGAGGAAGAGGAGGGUCAGGAGGGAGAAAAGCCUGGAGGACAGGAGGAGACAUCUGUCUGUAGCAUUGACAGCCCCAAAGGAGGAUCAGCUGAAGGUGAAGUAGGAGAGGGCAGUAGUGUGGCAGGGACAGAAGAGGUGCAACAGCCUGAUGAUGGAGCUUCUUUAGCCUCCACCCUCAACAAACUGAAGAUGAUGAUGAAAAAAGAGGAAGGCUAUGCGGGGCAGGAGCCUGAGUACUAUCACUAUAUACCUCCAGCACACUGCCGGGUAAAGCCUCACUUCCAGUUUUUGCUGUUCAUGAAGGCAACUGAUCAGUGUCCGAGUAAAGAAGAGGAAGAUGAGGAAGAAGCACUGGAGGAGAAAAAGGUUGAAGAGACUGCCGAACAGACGGAGUCCAGCGUUACAGAGUGUAAGACAGAAAAAGAACAAGAAAUUGUCACUUUGACCCCUGACCCAGAGCCAGCUCCUCCAUCACCUAAAGUGAAGACGGAGGAGGUCUCCUCAUGCGCAGCAGACACGGCUUCCACUGAACCUACUUCUCCUACACAAAAAGGAGAGACUACACAGGACACCCCAGAUCCCAACUUGGGCCCUAAAAUUCCCACAGGUCCCUUCUUCCCUGUUCUGAGCAAAGAUGAGAGCACCACCCUUCAGUGGCCCUCUGAACUCCUCGAAUUUACAAAAGCUCAGCCAUCCCUGUCUUACAGCUGUAAUCCCCUCUAUUUUGACUUCAAGCUGUCCCGUAACAAAGGAGCACGUGGUGGAAAAGCAGUCAAGACCUCUAAGCCUUCUGAAGAGUCUGAUGACAAGGGACAAGAAAUAGCUGCUUCAACAACUAAAGUAGAUACAACUACUAAACCUGGGACCAGCACUGAUAAGGAUAAACCAGCGACAAAGGGGGAGUCCGAAGGCGAUGAGCAAAAACUUUCAACUGGCAGCAGCAGUGCCAAGAAAAAAAAGAAAAAGAAGAAGCAUAAGAAGUCUUCGAAGCACUCAAAACGCAAAGGAAAAGAAAAAGGUGCAGGAGAAGAUGCAGAGGGAGAGUCUGAGUUAACGCAAGAGAAGCCCAAAAAAAAGAAAAAACACAAGCGGAAGAAGAGCAAAAACAAGGCUCCAGAUCAAGACGAGGCAACUGGUGGUGACAAAGAGAGAGCAAAACCAAAGUCAGAAGAUAAAACUGUUGCCUCUUCUGUUCAGCUGACACCUGGAGUGGGAGGAACUGCUGGAAAUACAGCAGUAGAAUUGGGGAAGAGGAAACGUGCUACUAAGGAAGUGCCUUGCAAGUCUGGAGUAGAGGAAGGAGGCACGGGAAAAGGCACAGAUAAAGCCAACUCCUCAGAGGAGCACAGUGGCACCAAGCGACAAAAGACUGACUCCAGUGCACCUCAAAGUGCCUCCUGCUCAACCUCAGCCCAAAAGAGUCCUGGUCCUGGAAGACCUCCUAGCAGUGAUAGUGAAGAAGAAGGGGGCUCUACUACACAGCGCUCACGUCAUCACAGGUCGAGUCCUCGGGAGCAGCGCCGCCACCAUAGUGAGGAAUCAAGGCGGUCCUGCAGCCGCUCAUCAAGACGGGGGGAAAGACGGGGCAGCAGUCGUCGUCGGCACCAUCGUAGUAAAACUUCACGAAGUCACUCUUACUCCAGCAGCUCUGAGCGCUCCUCAGCAGGCAGCAGUGCCUACAGUCACCACAGCCGCAGCUACUCAGAUAGCUACAGCGACUACAGCACAGAGGGUCGCAGACGGAGGCACUCCAAACGCUCGUCAGACUCAGAGUAUGACAGGAGGGGUAGCCGAGGGCGGAGACGAUCCAGGAGACAUCAGUACUCCUCCUCUUCCUCAGAAGACUCCCGUUCACGUUCACGCAGCUACAGCCGCAGGAAGAGGCACCGACGGCACCACCGAAGCAGUUCAAGAAGCUCGAGUAGCUGGAGCCGCAGCACCAGCGCAAGAUCGUGGAGGCGCAGCUACAGUCGUAGCCACAGCUCUGCCAGCCGCUCCUCUAGCUCCACCAAAGGUUCCUCUCACCGACGAGGCGCCAGGAGUAGAGGGGACAGUGACUCACACCGCAGAGAUUUCAACCGCUCUCGCAUCUAUCGAUCACAGUCUCCACGUUCAUCACGAUGCCUUAAUCGUAACACCCAUUCAUCCAGCUCACAGGCUCUGAGGGCAGGGGGGUCCCGAGAUGCAGGGGAACAGAAAAACACCCUUACUGCACGCCAGCUGCUGGAGAAGGUUCAGUCUAAAAGAAGCUCUGAUGAUUCUACCACAGGAACAAAAUCUGGGAUUAAAAUUAAGGAUCCACCACAGGGAUACUUUGGUCCUAAACUACCCCCAACCCUGGGAAACAAAGCCCUGCUGCCCCUCUUUGGUAAGCUACAGGCAGGAAAGAAGCUACCAGUGAUUCCCCUAACCAGACCUGAUGAGGGUGCGAAAUCAGGAACAGGGAAGGGCUCUGAGGCUGAGGCAGAGGUUAUCCUGGUGGAGCCAAUAAGGGAGUUCCCUCCUCCGCCACCACCUCCAGCUCCACCAGUCCAAAAAGUUGAGGAGACCCCACAGAGUACAGUUGCUCAAGAGGAGACACAGCACCCUGCUACAGAAACCCCGGUGCACCCAGAACCCCGGCCAUUGUUUGAACAGGAACCCUCCAUGAUGAUGCCGCAGUAUCAGGGAGAAUCAGGACAGGAUCCUUCUCAGAACCCCAUGAUCGAAUCUCUCAUGCCAGAAAUGCAGCAGCAGCCUCAAAUGCAUGCCUAUCCUGGUUACCCACCACCCAACCUAGAGGAAGAUGGCAUGGAGGCAGAGGAGGAUGGAUUGGCUCCUUUGGAGAGUCAGCCCAUUACAUUCACACCAGAGGAGAUGGAGAAGUACAGCAAGCUGCAACAGGCUGCACAGCAGCACAUCCAGCAGCAGCUUUUAGCCAAGCAGGUCAAGACAUUUCCCUCUGCCGCUGCAGCAGCGGCUGCCGCUGCAGCAGCUGCCAACAUGGCCCCAGCUCCCCCUCCCCCAGCCCUGCAACAGAUCCACAUUCAGCAGCCCACGGUGUCCGUAGCCUCUGGCACGUCAAUCACCACAGUGCAACACGCCCUUCUGCAGCACCAUGCUGCCACUGCUGCAGCAAUGGGCAUCCACCCUGCUGCGCAUCACCACCACCCACACCCUGCCCAUGCACAGUUGGCCCAGGUACACCACAUUCCCCAACACCACCUUGCCCCCAUCUCCCUUUCUCCUUUAGGCCACUCCCUUGGUCAUUCUCUGGGACACUCACUGCAACAUGCUGGGCUGAUUCCUGCCCACCACACAGCCUUCCUCUCUGGUCAGCCUAUUCAUAUAAUCCCAGCAUCUGCACUUCACCACACACCCUUAGCUCUCCACCAUGUCCCACAUACAGCCCUCUACCCCACACUUUUCACACCCCGGCAUUCACAGGCUGCUGCAGCAGCAGCUCUCCAGCUCCACCCUCUCCUACACCCAAUCUUCUCAGGGCAGGACCUCCAGCACCCACCUAACCAUGGUUCUUGAGUAAUGACGCAAGUGAAGGCACCAAACCACUGGAGGAAAGACUUAAUCUGAACUGGCUUGAUUCAGGGUUUUAGAUGAAGUCUUUGGAACAACAUGCAGGCGGUGUGACAGGUCAACACACCACCAUAUUACUCCAUAGUGCAGCAAGUUGUAACCACAAAGUGGUGCUGCCUGUGUUGGGUUCAAAAUUGACACUAGCAUUUUCUUCUGGCUAUGUGAGGGUAUUUCUUUCAUGUUUUGCCCUGAAUUUUUAAGGCAGGGUGUAGAUUUAAAGACACUGGGUUAUGGUCUAUCUUGGUGUAUAAUAACAGCAUCCAUUUUUUUCCUGAAUGACAAGUCAGAGAAACCACUGGAGUUUUUUUGUUUUCCAUAUAAAAAAUAUAAUUUUCAGUUUCUGCUCAUUUUGGCAGCCAAAAAGAGAUGUGUAAUGGCUGAAGCUAUAGGCAGAAUCAUGUUAGGAGAGGAGGAAGAGGAGUUGGAGGAAGGUAUUGUUCUAGAGACAAACAUUCUACGCUUCUGUAAUGUAACCUUCACAGACAAACUAUUUCAUAAAUUACUGAUACUCUGUUUAUAUUCUCAUAUGACUACUUGCUCUCUUGGAUCCUUGGUCUCAAUAAUUUGUAAUGCAGUAACGUGUAUAUAUAUCAGUGUGUAAUGUGAAGAAUCCCACCAAUGAUGACCAUAUUAAAAUUACAGCUAUGGUGUCCAAAUCGGUAUGACGUUGUCACAUAAGGAUCCCCUUUCUUAAGAGAGGGAAAUGUGAUGUAGGGAUUUUAACAUCCCUAAAGCUCUGAGGCAAAGCUGAUGUUCCCUGUGCUGAGGGUACACCUGAAUGAAUUGCACUGAAAUCUCUACAUCAAGAUGGUGCUUUUUGCAUCAUGUAACAAUAAGAUUGUAGUAUACUCCAAUAAUUGUAUUUUUAUGUUUUUAAAUUAUUUUCCAAAAUGCUCUUCUGGAGAAGGGCUGUGUUUUGCUUUUGUGUAAUUUUGUACAUAAAACUGCUGUAGAUGAACCAAUUAACAUUCUAGAGGUUUUAGACUGCUAUUGAUAAAGCAGAAUGACACGGUCAAUUGAAGGUGGAAACUUGUAUGUAUUUUAGAGAGGUUGUCUCUAAUUUUCCCCCUGCGGAGACAGGCUGGGAUGGUAAAGGAUGUGAUCUGUCAAACAGUAGCAACUCUGUAUUUUUUGAAAACUUACUCUGUUUCAGCCAAUAAAAUCUUGAGUUCAA